AUGUCGGAAAAUCAAGAGGUGGCCAAAAGUGAACAACCUGAAGGGAGCAGACCUCUCAGCGUUGCAUCUGAAACGUCAUUGGAAUCACAUACAGAUGCAACUGCAGAAGCAUCUCAGCAGCCAACAAGUAAACAUAAAAUUGAUAUUCUGAUGAAGGCAACUGGAAAUGCCCCAAUUCUAAAACGGAAAAGAUGGGCUGUUGAACCAGAUAAAAAAAUUGGAUGGAUAACAGAAUUUUUUAAAAAGCAUUUGAGACUUGAGAAGUCGGAAUCUUUAUUCCUGUAUGUAAACCAAGCUUUUGCACCUGCACCUGAUAAUACAGUGGGAAAUCUUUAUGAAUGUUAUGGAAUUGAUGGAAAGUUAGUCAUACAUUACUGCAAAAGUCAGGCUUGGGGUUGACACUCUGCAUAAAUAGUAACUUUAUUUCAGCUUUGGUUAAAGGUCUCUCAGGCCAAGGUAUGGUGUGUUGCUGACACACAUUCCGAUACUAGCAGGCCACUGCCACAAAGGUCCAUUUUAUUGUAUUCCAAAAGUGGGUGGUUUGCAGUUCCUCCCAAGAUUUUUUAUGUGCAUAUCAUCCCAAGGCAUGCUAGACAUUUAUUAAAAUGUAUAAUUUGUUGCAUUGCUUGUCAAUAAAUUUUCCAACAUAGGUUAUCUGUUAAGAUCGGACAUAUAGGGUAUUGCAGGAAUAAGUAAACCAAAUUUCUGCUGUACAGUUCCCUUGUAAAUAUAUGUAUGUUUAUAUUUAUUGAAUGUAAAAAUGAUCAUUAUGUGAGGUUCGUAGUUUUCAUGUCUGUGAUAUUUUUCUUUACGGUGCAUAGAGCACUGUUUUGUUUUAUUAAUUGACUCGCCUGUUCAUAUUUACUCAUGAUGUCAUUCAGUUAUAAAUCUGUCCUGUGUAAAAUAAAUGUAGUAGUUUUUAUAAUCUUUGAUAAUGGAUUGAAUGAAAAAUAAAUAUAAAAUAUUAAGAAACUGGUAGUUUACUGUCCUGUAAAUUUUUGAUCUGAUGAAAUGGUUUGAAGUGUGUAUUGUUAUGUGGCAUUUUCAGUUCUUGCUACUGUUGGUAAUGGAGGCUGAGGGAAAUGAAAGGAGACUCAAAACUUGACAUUUAAUGGAAAUAAAUUUCUUCUCUUAUUUAAAACCAAAUUAGUUUUCAGUUGUUUGCUCUCUUAGGUAGGUAUUCUGUUCCUAACAUUAUUAUCUAAAAACAGAUGACGAUGUUGUCCAAGCAAGUGUUCAUUUUGUAUGAUACUCUUGUACUCUUGUCUGGUAUACCAGACACCAGUGUCAGGUACUGCUUGAUUCACUUGCAGUUAAGUGAGAUCUGAAGCAAAGAACUAGUAGCCUGUUUGUAGCUUCUGUUUUAUUUAUUUUGGCCACUAACAAUGUUAGAGUGUAGCACAAACUUUUACAGAUUUCUAGUAUUGUAAUUCCACUACUCUCGAUCUUGAAAUCCAGUGUAAACCUGAUGAGUUGCGUUAGGCCCUGUGGGUAGUGUUAAAAUUACAAAUUAAAAAUUUCUGGGUUAAGUUCCAUUUUGGUUCUAGAAUUUAUUCUAAUUUUAGCAUGACUUCUCAUCACCUUCAGUUCAUUGUAUGAGGGUUGGAACUUAAAUAGUGGCAACUAUUUAUUAACAACUGAUACAAAAGAGUUACAUGUUUGCACCUUUGUGAAGGUGUAGUUUCCAGCAGUGAUUGUGCAAUGAAUCAUAUAUUCUGCAUAGCUCUGUCAUUUGCUGCAAUGUAUUUUGUAAUACAAAAUGUAUGUGUUAAAUAAAGCAACAUCAAAUAGGUAAAAGAAUA